UCAGGUUUAUUUAUUUAUUCAACUUUUUGACAAUUUUAGAAGAGGGUUUUUAAUGAAAUUCUAAUCGAUUCACUUUUGGCCAGGUGACCAACAAUCAACACCAAAGUCCAUAAAGUAUGAUUGUAUUUGAAGUAUGAUUGGACUUGUUAUUUGACGUACGAUUCAAGUUUAUGUUCAUACCUAGUUUUAUAAGUAAUUUACAUUGCAAUAAUAUAUGUAUUCAAAACUCCCGCGUUUUGGCGACCAAAGUGGCUCUAAUCCGCUAGAUGGCGUGUGAUUGUUGUCUAAUGUGGGGAGCUCCCUCGGCAGCCCUGCGUAAGUCAGAAGUGGGGAUGUCCGCUAUGUUGGUUGAAGAGAGAGAGAGAGAGAGAGAGAGAGAACGAACGAGCGCAUGUCGCGGCCUGCGAGCCGCAUAACGUUUCUGGCGCUUGAACUAGCGAGUCGCAUAAUAAAGCACAAGUUGCAUUCCCGAAGAAGCUGGUUGUUAUUUCUAACCCUCAGGCUCCCAUCCUUGAGAGAGUAGGAAUCCCAUCUACGUCAUCUCCGACGUUCGAUCCUACACUAAUAUCCCAAAAUCUAUGCAGUGGAAAACGACUACAGAGUAGCUUAUUUAUACAAUAUUUGCAGUCUUCUGUUUGAGUCUGCUCUUAGCCUAUAUAAGUAUGUACAUACAAGUUCUGACAAAUGUUUCUGCUUAUGAUAAAGUGAUGUUAUUUUAAAAAAGAAGUUUUCAAUCAUGACUACUGAAAAUCCAUCGCGUGGAAUUUACGAUCAGUGUUAUAAAGGCUCUAGUUUGGUGAAUAUCAAUUCUAAAUUUGACGAGUACAGAAACAUUAUAGCUACAUCCAAAUUUCACAAGCAUUAUGAACACAACGAUUCCAGCUUUAUUACUAAUGCCAGUAAUGUGAGCGAAGAAAUGUACGAGCUGCUGAAUAGCCAUUGCAGCAUCGACCAUUUGACAGUAGACGGUGAACUGAAUAAAAUGUCCAAGUCUUCUUACGAGUGGUGCAAAGAUCCAGCUGAUCCAUCAAUUCUUGACAGUAUUCAGUUGAAGACUGUGAAAAAUACAAUGCGCAGAAAUCAGUUGAAAAAUCAUCAAGUGCACGCCAAAUAUAGGAGUGAAAAACCUAUUAUUUACAAACCAUCAGCAUUGCCUCAUUCAAAUGGAUCACUGACGCCAGAAAAAGACAUUUUAGUUUUUGUUAGAGUAUAUGUGCCAUUUACCAGUCGGCACAAACAAAGCACAGGUGCUUUGGGAAAGCUGUGUCUGGACAGCGUUAUUGCACUGUAUGGCUCUCAAACCUUAGAUAAAUUAAGAGAUAAAAUAAUGUGUAUCUCAGAUUAUUCGGUUUCUGUAGACUUGAGUGAUGCACCAGUCAGGAAAAAGACUCAAAAUGCAAAGGAAGUUUACAAAUCGGGUUUCUUUUUUAUUGAAGACACAUUUUAUAAUGAUUGCCGAGAUCCUAAUAACAAGGAUAACAGCCAAACUAUAAGAGAAUGGGCAGAGAGUCGAAAUUUUGGCACAUAUAAGGUCGCGAAAAUGGAAGACACAAAAAUAGAAAGUCUUACAUUGAGAUUUGGAUUUCCUUGGGUGUACCAACACCAGGGAGACUGUGAACACUUAAUUUCCUUCAGUGAUGCAAGAUUAGUAAAUGCUACAGAAGAAUUGAAUAAGGAUUGUUAUCCCAGGAUAGUGAGAAUUAAACCAAGGCCUAAUCGUUAUUGUAUGACCUGUGGGAUAUACAGCGUCACCUGGGUUACCACAAGAAAUAGUAGAUUGCCACACAACCCUUGUUUAUUUUGUGACUCAUGUUUUAAGUCAUAUAACUAUAUCAAGGGUACAAAAAUUGGUAGCUUCCAGGCGUUUCCAUAUCCAUAUGACAAUGACUUGUUACAGCCAAACCAUGCUGAAUCUAUGAGGAUGAAACCAACUACUUCAGUCUCGCAAGUAAAAGCAAAAGAAGCACCGUCUUUUAAAACAGAAUACCUUCAAAUGAACUUUACAGAUUGAUGUUUUUUAAAAUUUUAUUUAAAUUAUUGUUUUUAAUUUAAUGUUGUUUAAUUUAUUUAAAUUUUCUUUAGCAGUCUGUGAAUGUGGAUUCAGUAUUAAGGCUUUUUUGUACAUGAUUUCAGCUUUUUUAUAUUUUUUCCAUCUGUGGUAUAAAACUCCUGCAAAGUAAAUUGUAUAUAAAAAUAAUGUUAACUAUGUAGACUAAUUUUAAAUAUGAAGACUGAGAAAUAUAUAUUUAAAAAAAAUA